AUGCUGUGGAGCACUGCCCUCGUGGCCGCUCAGUCGGGCACGACCUUCUCGCGCAGUCCGACCAUCUCGACGAUUGCCGUGCAUCCAACCCCAACCGGUUCUGGUGGCGUCAUCCCUGAGGGCUUUGUCUCGUUCUCAAUCGAGCUGUCCAGCUUCCCGGACUUUGCUGGCAACAGCUCAGUCGGACCCAACCUCUUUUCGUACAACCUCCUCAACAAUAUUGGUAACUUGACCGGAACAAAGCCGUAUAUCCGCGUGGGCGGCAAUACACAGGACUUGGCUUUGUACGACGCCUCACUUGGUGUUGCUGAAAAUGGUAUUGUCGACCCGGAGAGAUCUGAAGACUACCCGACAACGCUCACCAUUGGCCCCUCGUUCUUCGAGUCUUAUGAUUCGUGGCCUGGCGUCAAGUUCAUCCACGGCUUCAACCUCGGUAAAAAUGGAACUGAUGGCCGCGAGAGUCUUCUCGCAACUGUGCCGCUGGCCUGCAAGGCUCUGAGUGACGGCAAGCUUCUUUACUGGGAGCUGGGCAACGAGCCGGAUCUGUUCAAGACGUCGGCGAAGCAGGGCAUCGUGCGUCCAACCAACUGGACAGAACACGACUAUGUGCAGGAGUAUUUGAACGGGACGAGGGCGAUUCGCGCGGAGCUGGCGAAGGCGUGCCCGGACUUGGCGACGGACGACAAGUACAAGUUCAUCGCGCCGUCUUUUGCGGGAACGAGCAAUAGCCUUGAUCCGAUCAAGACCUGGCAGGAGGGAUUCGAUGAAGACAAGAACAUCGCCCUAAUCUCCUCUCAUAACUAUAUUGACGGCGCCACUGAGCCUGGAGUGACCCUCCAAGGCACACUGAUGAGCCACACGUCGACCGUCAACAGCAUCAGCAAACAACUCAACGUCUCGCGCCUGCUGUCCAACUACUCGCUCCCCUUCAUCCUCGGCGAGACCAACUCGCUCUACAACCAAGGCGCGUCCGGCCUCUCCGACUCCUUCGGCGCCGCCCUCUGGGGCAUCGACUUCAACCUGUGGUGCGCCUCGGUCGGCAUCAAGCGCGUGCACAUGCACCAGGGCACAAACUACCGCUACGCGUCCUGGCAGCCCGUCGACACGGACAAAGCGACCAAAGGGACCAAGGCGCCCUACUACGGCAACAUCGGCGUCGCCGCCGCGCUGGGCGAUCUGACGGCCGCCCCGGUCCGCGUGGACAACCUGCCGCUGCCCGAAGCGCGCGAAGCCGCGUACGCGACGUACGGCAACGACGCCCUGCAGCGCGUGACGGUGGUCAACCUGCGCGAGUACAACGCCACGCAAGACGGCGGCGCUUCGGAGCGGCCCGAGACCGAGUACUGGUUCGGGGUGCCGACGGCGUGCAACGGCACGGGCGUGGUGCAGCGCGUCAUGGCGAGCGGGAGCGACGCGUUGACGGGCGCGUCGUUCAACGGCUUGACCUAUGGUUUCGAGCGCGAUCAGGGCAGGCCGGUGCUUUUGGGGAACGCGACAAAGGACGAGAUUGUGUGGGUGGGCCAGGACGGCGUGUUUGGCGUUAGCGUGCCGUGGUCGAGCGCGGCGAUUGUGCAGCUGAAGUGCUGA